AUGAAAUCAUUCCUCCUCUCCCUCCUUUCGGCAUCUCUUCUGUUCCUACCUCAAGGAGUCUUCGGAGCUGCAGAGGCACUGGCACCUGCACCAGUCAAGGAUAAAUACCCCAAGCCUCCCAAGCUGGAGUUCCUCUACACCGUCAACAUUACCGGUGGAGAAACUUACAAUGUCGGUAACGGGCCAAAUGGACUUCGACUUGUUGUGCCUAUUUUGAACGGAACAUUUGCUGGCCCUAGGCUUAAGGGAACCGUCGUCCCAGCAGGCGGCGACUGGGCCCUCUUCCGCAAAGACAACACCCUCGUCGCUGACGUGCGCCAGACCUUCAAGACCGUCGACGGCGCUUACAUCCAGGUUUUCGAAACGGGCGUCACACAACCCGAUAAUAGCUCGUAUGUGAGGUUGACGUUCGAGACGGGGUAUGAGAAGUAUACGUGGUUGAAUUCGGUUGUUGCUGUGGGGAUUUUGAGGUUGGUGGAAGGAGGAGGAGGCUCGGGGGGGUUGAGGAUUGAUACUUGGUUGAUGGCGCCGAAUUAA